AGGAUAAAUUGUCAAGUUUUAUUUCCAUGGCAACGGCGACAUGGCAGAAAUGUUAAUGCGUGUUUUCAGACAUUACAGCGGGGCGGGGGAAGUGACCAGUGCUAGCGACGCGAAUUACCCUUCUCUUUCUCCUAAUAAUAAUAAUACUAAUAUUGAUAACAACAACAAAAACAAGUCUAGCUAUUGCGUUGUCCUGGGAGAGGCUGGCUGCGGUAAGACGGCGUUGCUUUUCCUGUCCGCCGUGAUGGCCGCUUCUGAAUUCGGAGUCCGGGUUGUGUUCCUGUCCCGGACCCCGAUCCACACCCUGCCCGCCCCUCUGCAAGGCGCCCCGGCCGGCGUCGACCUCCUCAGCCUCAAGAAAAUCCAAUUCAAGUACCCCAGGUCAGCUGUGGAUCUCUUGCGCGACGUUGCUUCCCUGCACGAAAAUGACAAGACUCUCCCGUCGCUGAUCGUAAUCGACGGGCUGGAUCAGUACCUCCGCAGCGCGGGAGACCACAGCCAGCAGAGUCUGAUAGCAGCGCGUCUCUCUGCCCUGCUGGCAGACACAGCCAGCUUCGUGAGCCAGAAGCUAACGUCUGCACGCAGCGAUGGAGGCAGCGGCAACGCCCCACAAGAAUGCCAGGUGAUCAUCUCGCUCAAUUCAGAGGCUGGCGAUGAGAGCCCAGCAAGGGGCCAGGCUCUGUCAGUCAUAGAGAGGUAUUUCGCAGCCAAGUGCUUGUUAGAAAGAGAGCCUGAGUUCGGGGACACAGCGUGGAGGGUUCGUUUUUCCGGGGCGCAGCAGAGUUCAUGCGAUCUGGGAAUGGGAUGGAGGUUGAUGUAUUCCCAAAGCGGAGCGAUGGAGUUCCACGCUGUGCCCGGGGAAAACUCUCAAACCCCGGGGAAUUCAACAACAGCUCCUGAAUAGAAGCGACUGUGUUUCGCUGAAUGACGCAGUCAGUGGCAUAGCUACAAUUUUGUUGUAAUGUUUUUUAUUGUAUGCAAUUAUAUAUAUAUAUAUAUAUUAUAGCUACUGUGACUUGAAAAACGUAUCAUACAAGACAACAUACAACUGAAAACAUGUGCAUUUAAUUAUGCAUAGUACUAUAAUAAAUGCAUUUUUUUUAUUAAAUAAGACUUUAUUUUUUUAAUAGAAUCUGACAUUUCUCAAACCGAUUAUUGGGCUGGAGCUCUACAGGUGAGAGUCAUUGGUGUGGAUCGGGUUGAUUUAUCAUUCAGAGUGAAACGAGUGAAGGAACACAGCAGCUUGGGUUUGUGUGGAUCGCUGUUCUCCACACUAAGAAAAGCAGCAAUCUUCACAAACCCAAGCAGCUGCUCCUCCACUCCUUUCACUCUGAGUGAUAAACUAGCCCAAUCAACAGCAAUGCCCCUCACAUGCUUGUCAGGACCUGAUUUCAGUGAAGAGCUCGUUCUGAAUAAUCGCUUCCUGCAGCACUUAAAUACAUGGGAUUGAGACUCUCAAAAUGAAAGCCAGCGGAGGUCAGUACAGGAUUAAUGGCUUCAUUGCUGCAUCUUUGAUCAGGAUUCUGGUAUGUACUCCACUAGGGGUUGCUGUUGGGUAGAUUUCCCUUUCUUUCUUGGAACCCCUUUGUCCGUUUCACUUGUUAUCUGUGCAGGCUUCUAUAAAGCCAGCCCUCGCUCCCUGAUAAGCCUCUUGGCUGUGACCAGUGCAGGCUGUUAGCAGGACAGAUAGACUGUUAUGGAGAGGGGACAGGGUGGGGUUGAAACAGUAACUGAACAGGUUUGUUCCACACAGCGCUUAGACUUCUAAAACAUCAAUAAUAAAAGAACUAGCCUUCUAAACAUGGUGUGUAUAUAUAUGAAGAAGGGCUUUUGCCCGAAAUGUCCUGAAAAUGAAAGAUUUUUUAAUCUUUUAAACUUUGUUUUAAAAAUCUUUUCUUUUAAUAUGCCUUCAAUUUUGUA